UCAUCUGUGCAGCGCACUGGACAGCUGAAAGCUGCUGUUAUAGCUUUUGUGUUCAACCGUUAUCAUUCUGCGCAGCAUUUGUAAAUUUUACGCGACGUAUAAUGCAGCACGUCAACCCUGUGUCUCGGAGACUUUGCCUGAUAAUGUCGCGGUCCAACAAUCUUUUGGUGUGAAUGUCAAGAGGUCCCAUUGACUGAGGCUACAGAAACAUGUACAGCCCCAAGGAGCUGGAGGAAGAAGUUGACCACUCGUUCUUUGACAGUGACUGUGAACCUAAUGAACACAAUAGUUCAAAGGAUGUUCAGCUCAAUAAACAGAAAGCCUGUGAAAGACAUGAUGAGACAACAGGAAAAGAGACUCGUGUUUCAAUGAAUCAGAUUGGUGGUGGAGUUCACAAUGGAAGGAACGGUGAAGAUAAAACCAGAUUUAGGGAUGCUUCAAACCACCAGGCCAGCAGGAGACAGAGUAAAGACACAAGUGCCAAAAGUCGAUCAGAUGAAGGGUCUAGCGUGCGUUCAUAUUCCUCUGAUGAGGAUAGAGAGCCAGAGGCUGAUUUUAAACAGAGGAAAACCAAUGGAAAUGUUAACCGUGAUGAUGAUGAUGAUGACGGAUACCAUCAUAGUGAUGACGAAAGUGAAGAGGAUGCAAGAUCCUCAGCGACAAGAUCAGCAAAACAGAAGGGAAUGCCUAAAAAAACAGCUGGAAAAAUUCACAGGCAGAGUCGAAGCCAUUCUUCAUCAUCAUCUGAUUCCGAAUCCUCUCACAGCAGUGAAGAGAGAAGCACUUUUCGCUCUAGGAAAUCACCAGUAAAACAUCAACGGACCACUUCAGCUGACCAGAAAGAGCGGCAAAGAGAAACAGCGGAAUCUGAAGACACAGUCACUGACGUUACGCCUUUAUCCACACCUAAUAUUAGUCCUUCCCAGUCAAUAGAUGUGGCAGCAGAUGUUCAACAGCAGCCCGGCUUUACUGAAGAGAAGUUGGCGAAUGAUGUUUCGGACGGUCAUGCCAGCAUAAGCUCUGAAGGAGAAAAUGGACCAGAGUUUUUAAAAGUAGACAAACAUUUCGACCGAGUGCUCAUGGUCUCCAGCCCUGGCAGUGUUGGUGGCAGCCGUAAAAACUAUUCCUUCACAAAUGAGAAGGUACGGGAGAUCGACCGGGAGAACCAGCGGCUGUUACAUGAACUGUCCCGAGCAUCAUCACGCUCACAAAGCGCCCGCUCUCCCUGUUCCAAAAUGAGCAGUCGCAGGAGCAGUGCACCAACCGUACGCCUCUACCACAGUGCCCUAAACAGGCAACGAGAGCAGGAGCGAAUUCAGAAGGAGAACCUGGCAUUUCUGAAGCGUCUAGAAUCUGUGAAACCCACUCCUGGCAUAACCAGAGAUGAACAGCUAGCUGAUUACCAGCGCCAGUGCCGAUACAUGGGAACACACAAUACAGACAUUCCACAGGUCAACCCCAAGACUUCUGGGAGAACUUCAAGACCUGGAAGCAGUCCUCACAAAACUAGAUCAGAAACUGCUAAACUCCAUAGAGUGAAGCCACGGCCUGCAUGGUCAUGAUCAUCAAAUAUUGCCUUCUCUUUAUCUGCUCUGACACUUUGAUUUCAUGCUCUGCUCUGACUGUAAGUAGAUGACUGCAGGUCACGACACCAGAGUUUCUUGAUGUAUCUUUCAAAACUUUAAAACGUUUGACUUCAUGCUCAUUAGUCCUGAUGUGAUUAUAAACGGUAAUGUUUGUUUACACAGCUAAAUAGUCAAUGAUGUUAAUUACUUGAAUAGUCUGUGGCUUAGAUAUUGCAGGACUAAACACAUUCAGUCAAACGAUAAGUGUGGAAUUACAUUUUAUGAGACAUACUUCAGUGCCUAUUUGUAACAGACAUAUGUUAAAACUAUUCAUAAUUUAAAAGCCAUUGCUGCUGUUAUCAGAACAGUAAAUUUCAUGAUGAGUCUGUCUGAAAAUGUAUAUUUCAUGUUAAAUAAAUGCUUUAAUAGUUAUGGGGGUAUUCAUAGUUGUUACAGUUUUUGGAAUGUAAAAGUGGUUUGUUUAUGGGUUAUAUGCACAUCUAGUGUUUUUCAGCCAAUGAAUGUCAGGUGAAAGCUUAAUGUGACUUUCUAGUUUCAUAAAGUUCUUUUUACAGCAUCGAUGUUGUAAUGUAAUUAUAUUACAUUCAGUUGAAUAGACUUGAGCAAUCAUUUAAGCAUAAAACAAGAGGAAAGACCGUGUAACCGCUAGCGCCGCCAGGAUCAGCAAGCAAGCGCAGAAACUCCAUUGAAAAUACUGGGUUAAAAUAAAAUGUUAAUAUUUUAAAGACAUGACUGUGGAAAAUGGAAUUUAAUGCAGUGCUUCUUGUCUGGUCUGAGACUCACUUUAUAUCAUAUAUCUAUCAGUCAGGGAAGAUCAUUGAUUUUUAAAGAAAUCAGACCUUAAAUGUGGCAAUUUUAUAGUGGAAAGACUACAGAGCUGAGGCUGGCUGGCUGAAAUUCAAAGUCCGUGUGAAUAUACCUCUUUGAGUUAGUGUGACAUUUGAAUAACUGGCAUGCUGACGUUGUGACAAGCAUGCUGAGACAAAUCCCUGUCCGUUACUAUGUAACAAUGCCAGUAAUUUGCCUGUCACUUUUAAACUGCUUUUGAAAAGACUGACUGACACUUGUUGACAUAUGCUAUCUAGACUGACAAGGUUAUCAAACAAGCACAGUGCCUGGUACAGUAGAAAUUGCCUUUGCUGUGGAAGUAAAUCUUAGCUUAACUAGCUUAUGACUUAUUUAGAAUUACAGAA